GGUUCUGGAAAAUCCUGUGGCCUCUGUGGGGGCAGGAGAGGGGCCAGCAGGGCUCAGGGCUGCGUCUGGUCCGGGGGCUCUGAGCCAGUUUCCUAAACAACAGCUGGGCAUAUCCCAUAGCCAUUCCCAAAAAACAACAUAUUUGACAAAAAACGGACGCACCGACAAUCCCCAGACGUGGCCCCUGCUUGCUGUGGCUUUUCCAAGUCACGACUGAGACGUGCAGAAACCACAAGGCCGUGGGCGAGCGAACGAGGGUCCCGGAGCCAACACCUCGUCCCCUGGGAGCCACCGAAGGCAGGAGAAGUGGGCGGCACGUGAGGACCUCAGGGCACAGCCACGAGCUCCGCUCCGCCUCUGGGAACCCCAAACCCUCGGAGGAUGGGCCUCUCCGAUCCCACUUCACAGUCGGGGAAACUGAGGCUCGAUGAAUGGGGAGCCUGAGGGUGAAAUGUAGUAGAAGCACCUGAGAGAAAGCGACUGGGGGAGAAAUGGAAUAUUUUAUAAAACAAUCGAUUUAGCACAAGACGUUGUCCUCCAUCUCCGUGGUCUGCGUCCAGCCAGGAUCGGACCCUGCUGUGUGUCUCGGGCCACGGAACGGCCACGUCGGAUCAUUGUGCCGUCCGGGAAAACGCGCACGUGUGGAUUGUGUGUCAUCGUGACGCCUAAAAAUCCCCUCACGCUCUGCGCAAGGAGCCGGCCCAUCUGAAAACGUGUGGAGAACCGGCCACGGAGCACGCACCACGUUGGUCAAAGCCCAUGUCUGAGGGAGCCGACGUCCAGGUCUCACAUUGCCCAGGCACACCUGGCGCGUUGGACCCUCGUGAGACGCCGCAAGGGGAGUCUUUCCAUGCGCCCCAUUUGCAGAUGAGGAAACCGAGGCUCGACCACAUGCGGAGCCACGGCCCGGCCCGCAGCCAUCACGUCCCCUCCGUGGAGACAGGAUGGGGCGGGAGGGCUGGCGUCUUGGCCCGGGGAGGCCUGGCCGCCUGCAGGACGGGUCGGCUUGUCCGCCGACGCCCCCUCUCCUGUCGCCUCCAGGAGCUGCAGAAGCUGGGCCUAGGGGACGGCGUGGAGCUGCACGUCUACGAGAUCCCCGUGGAGUACGAGACGGUGCGCACGCUGGUCCCAGCCCUGUGGGAGCGGCACAGCCCCCAGCUGGUGGUGCACGUGGGGGUGUCGGGCAUGGCGACCACAGUCACACUGGAGAAGUGCGGGCACAACAAGGGCUACCAGGGGCUGGACAACUGCCGCUUCUGCCCCGGCUCGCAGUGCUGCGUGGAGGACGGGCCUGAGAGCCUCGACUCGGUCAUCGACAUGGACGCCGUGUGCCAGCGCGUCGCCGCACUGGGCCUGGACGUCUCCGUGAGCAUCUCGCAGGACGCGGGCAGGUACCUGUGUGACUUCGCCUACUACACCUCUCUGUACCGGAGCCGCGGCCGCUCGGCCUUCGUGCACGUGCCCCCGCUGGGCAAGCCGUACAGCGCCGAGCAGCUGGGCCGGGCGCUGAGGGUCAUCAUCGAGCUGAUGCUGGAGUUCCUGGAGCCGUCGGAGGAGGCCACGGCCAACGGGCGCCACGGACGCUGAGGCCUCAUCCGGGAGGGACGAGCCGGCAGCCGGUGACGCAAGUGGAGCCCGUGUUCCCGAGCCACACACCCGUCUUCUCUUCUCUCCGGGAAAGCUCUGGCUUUCUGUCCCAAAGCAGGAAGCGGCUUGGCAUUUUUUGCACCCGGGGACGUGGGCUGCGGUGGCCGAGGGGGUGCCCGCUCUCCCGGCUUUCCCAGUUCUGCAGGCAAAAGGGAUUCUGGGGUCCCCAGCGUCCAUGACGGGGUUUUCUCGAGUCUAAAAGCCUCACGAAGAAUCCCUGCCUGUCCCCGUGACCCCAAAAGGACCACCUUGGGACCUGGAGGGCUUUGUUAUGUUUUCUUUCUUUCUUUCUUAUUCCCUUUUUAAGAGCAGUUGUGCCAGUUUAGAGCACAGAGUACUUUAUAUUCCCUUUGGUGAAAACAUCCGCUGUAGCCACAAGUGUCCUUUCUGUCCCCUGUGACCUGUUCUGGGGACUGGACUCAAGGCCCCUCGUUUUUGUGCAAGGGCUGGUGUGGGGUCUCCCCAUUUGGAGGGGCCACAAGGGGUCCCCAGGACUCAGGAGCCCAUUUCUCUCUCACUCCUGGCGGCUUUGAACCCACCAGCUGGGGAGAGGGGGGCCUCUCGGGGUGCAGAAAAUCCAGCCCAGCCCUGACGCCCAGCGGAGAUGGGCAGCAGCUGCACGGAGCCAGGGAAGCAAGACGUGCAUUUUGGAAACAUUUUUCUGUUCUUUUGGAGAGAGUGUGGUUUUACCAGUUUCCAUGAAGCGAAAAUCAUGCUGGAAUCCGACUCUGAGUGAGUCGCGUUGCCUUUCCCAGUGCCCUGUCCUUGGAAAACAGCUGAGAGCUUUUCGUGUUCCGUUUUCUUGAAGUUUCCCUUCCUUUCCCAGCCUCCCCUGACUGCUGAGCCGCUGGGGAGGGGGUGCAGGGGGUGAUGCGGGGUCAGGGCCGCCUGGUGGCCAUGGGCCGCGGCUGGCAGGACGACCGGAUUCGAACUCAGCUCCUGGUGCAUCCAUGGCACCUGCUCGGCCAAGUUCUUCCGAGCAGAAGUUGGGCUGUUUUGAGUUGGGGGGCUCGGGGCCCAGGGUUCCCCAGGGUCUCGUUUGGGGCAGUUUUCAGGCUCCGUCUUGGGCUGCUCCCCAAGUCGCACUCAGGGAGAAAGCAGACCGGGCUCGGGGAGGGGAUGGGGUGAGCUAAGCCCACCCUUAGGAAGGUGCCUCCGGGGCCCAGCGCCCCCGACCCCACGUUCUCACCUUCCAUCAUCCCCGUCUCGUCUGCCGUCCGAGUCUGCAGCCCCGAGUGAUUUAGCUGCUUGGAGAGAUGGCGAAUCGUCUGGUGAUUUUCGAGUGCAUGUGAGUCAUCUUUGUGUCCCUGCCACACUGCUACCUUCCUUCAUCGUGCUGAGCCGGAAUCUCGUCCUCGUCGGUUACGUGGAACAUUCUGUCCCGUUUGGAUUGAGUCGGGGUCCAUUAAACAUUUCACUCGUCCCCUG